AUGUUGAAAGGCUACACUAAUCAGGUCUCAGCCUAUAUCAAUUGCAGUGAAGAUGGAAUGACAGUGGAUUCCCAAGCAGUGUUAGCGUGGACAAAUGGCAUGUAUCCAUGGCUGUUUCCUGUAGAUGCUUUUGGGGUUGAAAUGCUGAACUGUACUUAUGUCUUGCCCUCAGAAAAACCCAGCCUGAAGAUUCCCUAUGAAUCCUGUACAGACAGACUGGUCAGAUGGAUUGUUAAAGUUAGUGAUGGACCACAAGCUCAAAUUCUAUUCUUGAGGGAUGCCCUAAGACAAGGGUUCAAUCUUCUGCUUGAUGGCCAAAAGAUAACCCUCUAUAUGCCAUACAAUGCACUGGAAUACCUCAUAUGUGCAAGGCAACAGUCACUUCUACCCGGUAGAAGUGUGACUCCUGCUCAGAAGAUCAUCUUCUUAUCAAAAGCUGUGUGUGUUCCAGAGCCUUCUAUGGCUUGUAAUGCCAUAUACACGACUGUCACCAUACCAGAAUUUCCAGGGAAGUUAAAUACCCCUCUGAAUCAACUUCAUGAUAACAGGCUCAACAGAGAAGCAACAAAUGCAGCAAAACUCUCCUCAAAACCAAGGCUGACCUUUUAUUUCCUAUGGGAUAUGGUAUCCAUGGUCCUUGACCCCGAGUAUGAGUCGCUGAUUUCUAUAGGGUUGUUGUGUCCCCAGGAUGGGUUGAUGGCCUUUGAAGUCUACAGCCAUCAAACAAAACCAGCUCUCAACUUGAAUAUCCUAACGAUGGGAAAUUCAUGCUGCCAGCCCAUGUUGAAAGUUGAGUCUUGGAAGCUGGUACAAUUUUACAUACCCCUGAAUGGAUGUGGAACCAGACUUAAGUUAGUGAAGUGCCAUUACAAAAGAGACAACAUAAUGCUGAAUGCCCAUGUCCUCAACCUGCCUGCUCCACUGGCCUUUGUGAAGCCAGGUCCACGUGUGUUGAUUCUUCAAAUUUACCCAGAUGAGUUCUACUGACAAGCUUACAGGAGGAAGGAGUUCUCCAUGGUGAGGUACCCCCGCCAACUGAUCUACUUGGAAGUCAAAAUUCUCAGUAGGGCGGACCCCAACAUAAAGCUGGUCUUGGAUGACUGCUAGGCAACAUCUAAAGAGGAUCCAGCCUCUCUCCUCAAGUGCUGCAUUGUGGUGGAUGGCUGUGAAUAUAACCUGGACAACUACCAAACCCCCUUCCAUCCCAUUGCAUCCUUGGUGGCCCAUCGUGAUCACUACCAGAGGUUUGAUGUGAAGACCUUUGCCUUUGUGUCAAAGGCUUGGGGACUUGCUACCCUGGUCUACGUCCACUGCAACGCAUUAAUCUGUAAUCGCCUCUCUCCUGACUCGCCUCUGUGUUCUGUGACUUACCCUGCCUCACCACGGGCCAAAUGAGGAACCACUGAAGAGGACAAAAUAACAGUCAGUCUCCCAGGACCCAUUCUCCUGUUAUUGGGUGGCUCUUCACUCCGAGAUGUUGAAGAUUCCAGAACUCACAAGAUUGCUGGAGAUGUUGCUUCUAAAAUAGAGGCUGCCUGA